UGCUCCCUCCCCUACAGCGAUAGAAAGGAUGCCACGUGAACAUAAUGAUUGUCAUGACCUUGAUGUUGCUCAACCAGUUCACACAGGUUCAUGAGUGUGGUGUAGUCCUGGGAUCAUUCCUGCUGAUCAGCAGCUCCUGGCUGGCAUGCAGCUCCUGGCUGGCUUACAGCUCCAGUGUAAUGCUGAUUGAAGCGGCAACUUCAGCUAAAUGCAAAACAUACUUUGGUCUCGCUCAAGCCUCGUAUGGAACAGCAGGAAAAUUAGUAGUGGAAAUAAGUAUGAUCGGCUUAUUGCUGGGGACCUGCAUCGCUGUCUUUGCUUCCUUGGAAGAUUUGGUAGCCAUCCUCUUCCUGAGGUUGACGGGAUCCUCAGUUACACCUUGGCAGCUUUUUUUAUUACUAGUCACCAUCACCACAGUGUCAGUUCUCCCACUGAGCCUACAGAAAAAGGUGUUCAAUUCAGCCUGGCAGUCGCUGAUCUCCAUCAUAUUUUACAUUUUCUUAACUAUAGUGCUGGUGGUAAACUGCCUAAUUUCAGGGCUCUCUGGUGGAUUGAUACUGGAGAAGGUCCACUUGUGGCACUGGUCUGGAAUUCCUACGUGCCUGCCGAUACUCGCCACCUCGUUCUGCAGUCACCCACUUGCGCUUACGAUAUACUUCAACUUCCACGGGCAGACAGUGGAUGAGGUGAAUGCAGCAUACAAGCAAGCAAGCAUCACUGUUGUCAUUUUCUAUAUAAUGGUUGGAUUAAGUGGCUACCUGUCCUAUGAUGAAUCUGUACCAGGAAACAUCCUUGCUGCUCUGUCUCCAAGUCUUGUGACAGAUGGUAUACGUGCCAUUUUUUUGAUGUCCCUCACAUCGAGCUUCCCACUGGUCAUUUUACCGUGUUGUCAAGCCAUAAACACGCUCCUUUUCGAAGAUAAGGAGGAGGAUGGCAUAUUCUCAGUGAGUGGUGAAAUGACCUUUCAUCGACAUGUCAUUAUUACCGUGCUGAUUAUUUACUGCACAAUGUUAAUGGGUGUCCUGGUGCCAAAUGUGCAGACUGUGUUGGCAGUAAUGGGAACCACCAUGGGGAGUAUCAUCUGUUUUAUUUGUCCAUCUGUGAUUUAUGCAAAACUACAUAAAGACACCUUCAAAGGAAGAAUAAUUUUGGGAGUGGGAAUCAUGUUCCUGUUCAUCCGUACAUCCAGUAUGUCUGAUUUUACCACAUCCGAAUUAUCCCUGCAACCAGUUCGUAAAUCCAUUGUGGCUGAAGGAACAAGAGGUAUAAAACUAACAAACAUGACUGAAGCCUCACCAGAAUCCUAUAUCCAGAGGGUUGGCAUAUUGUGAUCAGUUUUGGGCCCUAGACCUAAGAAAGGAUGGGCUGACACUGGA